AAGAUUUUGUUUUGGAAAUAUCAAUAAGUUGCUAUAGUUCACAUUAAAAGCCAUUUAAUUGAUGUUUUAUGAAAUAUCAUUCAAGUUUUACUAAGCGUAAACGCUUGAUAGAAACAUAGUCGCGGUUGUACGAUUUUGUUUACUCACAAGUGUUGUUUUUAACCUCACUUAAAUUCAUUUAUCGUACGUAUGAUUAGAUACAUAUACACAAAAUUGCCACGAAAAGUUAGUAAAGUAACUGUUAAACUCGUAUCUCGUAAUUUGAAAAAAAUGGCAGGUUCUAUUUCGAAAGUGGAGUGUGAUACUGAAAUGGCGGGUGAUGAAGUGCCAUCGAAAAAACUUAAAUUAACUGAAAAUGGUUCUUUGAAACGCACUGUCGCGACAAUGUGUGGUGCGUGGAGGCCAGAAGAAGAAGAUGGUGGACUUAUAUUGGUGUUUAGAGACCGGAAACCAUGUUUAAGUCCAGAUCCUGAGAGGGAAUGUGACUAUCCAGAGAAUAUUGAAGAUUUUUGGCUGGCGACCUUCCAAAGCGACGAUGAUAAUCAGGGUGAAAAAGAUAACGGAAAGAACUGCAUUCUUUCCUGCGAAAAAAGAAAAGCUGACGAUGCAGAUAUUAAUAAAGACUUGAAAAAGGCAAAGCUUGAGACCAAAGCGCUAAAGGCGAAAAGGCCGGGUUUCACAGACGACCGCUACAACGAGACAUCGUACUAUAUCGAAAAUGGUCUUAGAAAAGUCUAUCCUUACUACUUUACGUUCACCACCUUCACGAAAGGCAGGUGGGUUGGGGAGAAGAUCUUGGACGUGUUUGCAAGGGAGUUUCGAGCUCAUCCCGCGGCGGAGUACGAAAGAUGUAUCAGGGCUGGUACACUCACUGUCAACUACGAGAGAGUCGAUCCUGACUACAGACUCAAACAUAACGACUUACUCGCCAACGUCGUGCACAGGCAUGAGACUCCAGUGCUCGCUAGUCCCUUGCGCAUCAUACACGUGGAUGAGGAGCUACUCGUGCUAGACAAGCCUUGCUCGCUGCCGGUUCACCCGUGUGGAAGAUACCGACACAACACCGUCGUUUUUAUUCUUGCCAAGGAAUACAAUUUGAAGAAUUUGAGAACAAUUCAUCGAUUGGACAGGCUAACCUCAGGGCUAUUGCUAUUCGGAAGAAGUCCGAAGAAAGCGAGACAGAUGGAACAUCAAAUAAGAAACCGACAAGUGCUGAAGGAAUAUGUAUGCAGAGUGGACGGCCAUUUCCCUGACGAGGAAAUAGAAUGUCAGGAACCAAUUGAAGUGGUUAGCUACAAGAUUGGAGUGUGCAAAGUUUCUCCCAAGGGAAAGGAUUGCUCCACGGUAUUCAAACGAUUGGGAUUCAACGCCAAUAACAAUACUAGUGUUGUGCUGUGUAAACCGAAAACUGGACGAAUGCAUCAAAUUCGAGUACAUCUCCAAUAUUUAGGUUAUCCAGUUGUCAAUGAUCCAUUAUAUAACCAUCCAGUAUUUGGACCACUUCGAGGUAAAGGAGGCGAUACCGGUGGCAAAACUGACGAACAGUUAGUCAGAGACCUCAUCGCUAUACAUAAUGCUGAAAACUGGCUUGGAGUUGACGCCGGCGAUGAUGAUUUAUUAUUUUCGAAGCCAGUAUCUGACGAUAAAGUGGGCGAAGACGAUUGCGACACGGGACCAACAUCAAGAGAAUCAUCACCAAGACUUGAAUCUCCUGCACCAGGUCUAACACCAUCUUCUGUUAUGACUCCAACGCUUCCAAGUCCAUCAAGUGGUGCAGAGGCUCCAGUGGAAGUAGCUGCGAACUCUCCCGCUCCAUGCACCCUGGCGCCUUCACCGGCCACAUCACCCGCUCUUAAUGACGACUCCAAUGAUGCUAAGUCUGAUAAAGUGACAGUGGCAACGCAGACAGGUUGUGGGGCGGGCACUCGGGCGCCCAGUGCGGGGGCCGCGGCCAGCCUGGGCACUGGCGCAGUGGGCACGGCAGCCGCGGACUCGCUGGCGGCUGACCCGCAUUGCUACGAGUGUCGAGUGCGGUACCGCGACCCGCGUCCUCGCGACCUCGUCAUGUAUCUACACGCGUGGAAGUACAAGGGACCCGGCUGGGAGUACGAAACUGAACUUCCGCAAUGGGCGAACGUAGAUUGGGAAGACCAAGAGAACUCAUAGUCACACUGUUAAACAACACCAAAGUCGCAUUCAGCAACAACGCAUUACUGUUAUCAAAUCCGGACAAUAUGUCGAGCGUUAACUGCUGUUACUUUAUAAAUGUAAUAUUUUUUUAGCGGUGAAUAUGAGAAACCAAUUUCUAGUGUAAUAUUUCAAACAAUGUUACUUUUUUAAUAUCACUAACAUAGGAAAUGAGUAAUGAUAUUGUUACGAACGAUGCAAUUGGAUAAAAUAAAAAUGAAAUGAUAAUAGAAAGAUGAUAUCAAUGAUGUAAAAGAGAUAACAGUAUUCUACUGGAACAGCAGAAGCAUGUAGGUAAGGUUUUAUAAGUAAAUGUAAGUCAUACAUUAAGAGUAUAGGUUUCAUUCUGUAUUGAUCUUGUACUUCGAACUUGUGUUUUAGUAUUUCUGGAUUUCCAUCGGAUUUUGUAGCGCUGCUCGUUUGCUGUAUAAUUCGUAGUGUUUAUUUUGUCAACCUUCAGUUCCUAUCGGCCUAGAAUUUUUUGUCAAGCUUGUUGUAGUGUAGUGUUAAGGAUAUGUAACCUUUAAAUAAUUGUAAAACUAAUAUCGGUACCACUUAAAAUAGGUAUAUUGCUUAAACGAGGCAGGGUCUGAACAACAAUCAUGAAUUUGAUAAUAAACAUUUGAAUAACAUUUAACACUCAGUGUACGAGAUAGCUAUUCUGACAUCAAAAGUACUGAUCUUUGACAAUGUAGUAGGUUUUUUUUUAAUUUGACAUCGCUGAUU